CGGAAAUAAAAAGAAAGAAAGCAAAUAACCUACCUUUCUCUGAAAUCUAUAAGAACGCUGAACAGAAGGGAAGGAAGCUAACAUUUUUGUUAAUAAUAUGACAGCCAUGGCUGUCAGUUCUUAUUCCCUUCCUUUCUUUUUUUUACUCUCCAUCUUCUGCCUUGUGUGUUGCUUUCGCAGUACAGAUGCUCGAUAUAAAGCCUAUGUUAACCCGAUCUCCAUGCUCAUCUCAGAGGAUCUAUACAAAAGCAUCUUCUUACAUAAGGAUGAUAACGCCUGUCCUGCGAAGGGCUUUUACCCAUAUGAUGCAUUCAUCACGGCAACAGAAUGUUUCCCCAAAUUCGCCAGUACAGGAUGCUUAGACACUCGUAAGCGUGAGCUCGCAGCUUUCCUUGCUCAGAUAUCUCAUGAGACUACAGGAGGAUGGGCAACGGCUCCUGACGGACCAUAUGCAUGGGGCCUAUGUUUCAAGGAGGAAGUGAACCCCUCAUCGAACUAUUGUGAUUCAACCAACAUAGAAUGGCCUUGCUAUCCGAACAAAACAUACAAAGGAAGGGGUCCUAUCCAACUCUCGUGGAACUACAACUAUGGACCAGCCGGGGUGGCCCUUGGAUUCGAUGGGUUGAGAGAGCCCGAGUUGGUGGCAAACCGAUCAGACCUAGCAUUCAAGACGGCCUUGUGGUUCUGGAUGACACCAAGGGGUGAUAAACCAUCAUGCCAUGAUGUGAUGGUGGGACGGUUCAAGCCAAGCAAGGCUGACUUGGCUGCAAAUCGGACGGCAGGAUUUGGUCUUGUGACAAACAUUAUUAACGGUGGGCUUGAGUGCGGGAUCCCUAACGACCCAAGGGUUAAUGAUCGUAUUGGUUAUUAUAAGAGAUAUGCUCAGUUAUUUAAUGUUGAUGUGGGGCCAAAUUUGGAUUGUUCAAAUCAAAAGCAUUAUUGAUUCGCCUAACCUUGUUCUUUUUUUCCCCCUUAACAUGUUAUUUUUUUUCUCUUUUAUAGCUGUUUUUAUUAUCCGUUUGUUUAAACAAAGUGAAAAUUAUCUCUUAAUGUCUGAAAUAUAAUAAGGACGUUUCCAUGAAAUGUACAAAAUUGGAU